GCCACCAACAAUGUUGUUGCGAGCGUGUUAAAGUUGAACAAAUGUCCUAGAGCUCGUAUAAACCACCUCAUGACUAAUCUCUUGAUGCUUGGAUUAAUUAUUUACCUACUACCCAUCCAUCCAUCCAAGUCCCAUUUAGUCAGCUGAGUCGAAUUACCAAGGCAUGAUGCCUCGAUGAGACUCUAGAUGCUUCACGAUGCUGCCUCAAAGACGACAUCAAUUACUGAUUUAAACCAUUAAGCUUUGCGAUAAGCUCGGGAACCCUCGGCGUUGCAGAAGAAUGACCAUCUACCGUUCCUCGCAACCCCUAUCGCCGAUGGAGAAGAGUCAUGAUGAAGCGGGAAAACUAUUCUCGUCGAGUAGUGAUGGUGACGGAAGUCUAGACUUCACUGGCGGUGAGGAGGGAAAUGAUGCGACACGGCACCCUCUACUUGCAUCUAGAAGUGGCGAUAUUGAGGAGGUGACAUCAAGGUCCGAUGUAGUUCGCGAACGUCAACCGUGGUGGAUAAACGUGGCGUUUAUAAUUUCCUGUUUUGGAACCGUAUUUCCUCUGACGUUAUUAGCAUUAUCACUUGACCUUCAGGGGCGGUCAGAACCAUCCCCUUUGGAGAUCGCAUUAGGCGCUCCUCUUCGGCGUCCCGAUGAAGAUUACGUCCUAGAUCCCGAAUGGGACUUUGGGGCCCCUAAUCAAGUGCGAACGUAUGAUUGGAUCAUCGUCGACAAGGAGGGUGACCCAGAUGGCGUUGUAAAGCCAAUGAUGACGAUCAAUGGACAGUUUCCUGGUCCGUUGGUAGAGGUUAAUGAAGGUGAUGUGGUCGAAGUCAACGUUCAGAACUCGGCUGUCAACUCCACAGCUAUCCAUUGGCACGGUAUUUUCCAGAAUGGUACCAACUGGAUGGAUGGAGCUGCAGGCGUGACUCAAUGCCCUAUUUCUCCAGGGGCAUCGUUCCGAUACAGGUUCAAUGUCACUGGCCAAGCCGGUACUUACUUCUACCACGGCCAUCAAGGAGUCCAGGCUCUCAGCGGGCUCGUAGGGCCGUUUGUGGUUCAUAGCCGAGACGAAGCAACGUAUCAGCCCAUCCCUUAUUCGUCGGACCGCGUAGUCCUUCUCCAAGACUGGUACUAUGAUUCAGAUAGUGGGCUAAUGCGAGAGCUUUUAUCUCCGGGCGUCGAGGAUGCACCUAUACCUAAUACAGCCUUGAUUAACGGUGUGAACCAAGCUGACUGCUUAGACCAUCCUAGUCGGGCGUGUUCGGACACGGGCAAGUCUUUACCGAUCCUGGAUUUGGCCCGUGGCCAAGGCCACCGAUUAAGAUUCUUGAACGUUGGGGGGUUUGCCUGGUUCCAAGUCGCUGUAGAUGAGCACGAUUCUCUGCCUGUUAUUGAAGCAGAUGGAACCACUGUUGAGCCCACUUCCGAAUCUAUGCUAAUAAUUGCCCCCGGGCAGCGAUAUAGUACGGUUUUGACGGCAAAUCAGUCCAAUACAGAGACUUUCUGGCUCCGUGCUAGAAUGAUAAAAGCUUGCUUUGCAAGUCAAACUCUCCCGGAAAAUGGCAUCGAUGAGGCAAAAGCCAUUGUACGCUAUCAUGCCCAGGAUAUGAGGCAUGAGGACCACGAAUCUUCUUCCCUACCCACGACCACUUCAAAGCUUCAGUACAUCCCGACAUGUAGAGACUUGAGCUCAAUAACUUCUUUAUCGCCUUCCCCAGCUAAACCCGCCCCAGAAUUCGCCGAUCACUCAUGGCGCAUACGGGUUAAUCUUGCCAUUGGUGACUGGCGAUUACAACGAGGCGUCAUGAAUUCCUCCUCGUUCCGACCGAACCUCAAAUCGCCCACUCUGCAUCGCGUACUUGAUGGCCUCACUUCGAAUAAUGAGUCGUUCAUUCAAGCCGGUAUACUAAAUUCCGCAUUCGAUCCCGAAUCCGAGUUAGUCAUUUCUCACACGGGUGUCUCCGAAACUGUCGACAUCAUCUUACAGAACAUGGACGAAAAUGCUCACCCCUUCCAUCUCCAUGGCACACAAAUGUGGAUUUUGGGCGCCGGACACGGAUACUUCCCAGGUUAUAACGUGCUCGGUCUCAACGAUGAUGGCAAGGGCCUUCAGUUUCCCACAGCCUCGGGAGUCAUUGAGAACCCUCUAAAACGAGACACAGUAACUGUCGAGGGUUUCGGAUGGGCACUUCUUCGCUUUGUUGCAGAUAACCCGGGCGUGUGGCUUUUCCACUGUCACGUAAUAUGGCACUCCGAAGCAGGUAUGGGAAUGCAGUUUAUUUCCCGAAUAGAUUCCAUGAAGGUUUGGGAACUCCCCGACGAGUCUAAACAAUUAUGUGAAGUGUCUGAGGAGGAACUAAGAAAAGGUGCUCCGCCAAGGGAUGAGAUAUUCUUCGGUUUUAAUCAUGAUGGGAAGAGAUGAAAUAGGUUCGUCAAUAUACGAACGGCUUUUGAUCCCUUUGCGCACAUUAUAUGUAUACCUAACGAACGACCAAAGCCCGGGGAGGCGACGGAGCUUCGGGGUUACAGUGACCAGUUGCAUCAGACGGCUUAUAGUAAGAUGAUAGUGGGAGCUAGCUGCAGGAUAGGGUUUUGCAAUCGGCCUUAAACACAAACUCCAUCGUGUACAUAGACAUUGAUAAUUUCUCCGGUCAAGUAGUUUAGAUCCUGGUUACCAUGUGAAGGCUAUGGAAGCAGGUACAUACGAAAC